CCUCCCCUCGCUGCCGCCGCCGCCGCCGCCAGCAUCUGGGACCGGCCGAUUCUGCACCUCCGUCCGGCGCUGCCCUUUGAUUCGGAUUUCCAUCUUGCAUUCUCCGGCGGACCGCGGGACCCAGCUCGUGCAGAGGAGGGGGGCCGAUCGCUAUGGAGUAUUUCAUGGUGCCCACUCAGAAGGUGCCCUCUUUGCAACAUUUCAGGAAAACAGAGAAAGAAGUGAUAGGAGGACUCUGUAGCCUUGCCAACAUUCCACUGACCCCCGAGACCCAGCGGGACCAGGAGCGGCGAAUUCGGCGAGAGAUUGCCAACAGCAACGAACGGAGGCGCAUGCAGAGCAUCAACGCAGGCUUCCAGUCCCUCAAGACCCUCAUCCCCCACACAGAUGGAGAGAAGCUCAGCAAGGCAGCUAUUCUCCAGCAGACAGCAGAGUACAUCUUCUCCCUGGAGCAGGAGAAGACCAGGCUCCUGCAGCAGAACACACAGCUCAAGCGCUUCAUUCAGGAGCUGAGUGGCUCAUCUCCGAAGCGGCGGCGGGCAGAGGACAAGGACGAGGGCAUUGGCUCCCCGGACAUCUGGGAGGAUGAGAAGGCGGAGGACCUGCGGCGGGAGAUGAUUGAGCUGCGGCAGCAGCUGGACAAGGAGCGCUCCGUGCGCAUGAUGCUGGAGGAGCAGGUGCGCUCGCUUGAGGCCCACAUGUACCCGGAAAAGCUCAAGGUGAUCGCCCAGCAGGUGCAGCUGCAGCAGCAGCAGGAGCAGGUGCGGCUGCUGCACCAGGAGAAGUUGGAGCGGGAACAGCAGCACCUGCGGACCCAGCUCUUGCCCCCUCCGGCCCCUACGCACCACCCCACAGUGAUUGUGCCAGCACCAGCCCCCCCCCACUCCCACCACAUCAAUGUUGUCACCAUGGGCCCCUCCUCAGUCAUCAACUCUGUGUCCACUUCCCGGCAAAAUCUGGACACCAUUGUGCAGGCAAUCCAGCACAUCGAGGGCACCCAGGAGAAGCAGGAGCUGGAGGAGGAGCAGCGGCGAGCGGUCAUUGUGAAGCCAGUCCGCAGCUGCCCGGAGGCCCAUACCUCCGACACAGCCUCCGAUUCGGAGGCCUCAGACAGUGAUGCCAUGGACCAGAGCCGGGAGGAGCCGUUAGGGGAUGGGGAGCUUCCCUGACCACCCCCAGCCCUCCUCUCCCUUGUGGGGGCUGGAGGGGGCCGGGGCAGCAACAGGGAGAAAUGUGGGUGAAUGAGUGAGAAAUUUUUACAAAAUUAUGAUGUCAUUUGGGUCUCUUUUAUGACCUCUUUUUUCAAUACUGUAAAUCAACCUUUGAAUGACGCCACCCAAGCCAAGGUCCCGGGGCUGGGGUGGUGCAGAGCGUGUGGGAGCAUUGGGACCCCAGGGUUGGGCCUCGGCCCUGGGGGCUGGGGGACGCUGACACUGAGGUGCCUGGCCUCUCUCCGCCAAAAAACAUUUUUUCAUUUGAACGUGUUUUUAAGAACAGGGAAAAUCAAACGAAACCCCAAGGUAUUUCCUCCCUCCCCAGAGCCUGUCAGUCUCAAUCCUUCCCUCUGUUUGGUUUUCAUAUUUCUUCCUUAAGCACUUACAUGGGUUGGGGGUCAGACUGGGUCGGGCUUUCUGGGGGCCCGGGGGUCUGUGUUGCUUCUUGGUUGGGGUUUGCUGCUGCCCUUCUCCCUUCCCCCUCCCCAUCUCAGCACCAGGACUCUCCAUCCCCCAGCCCACCUCUCCCUCCAGGUCCCAUCCUCAACCCCAGAAUGUCUUUGUCUCUCUCUCUUUGUUUUGUUUGUUGUUGGUUUUAUUUUGGUUUAGGUUUUGUUUUUGUUUUUGUUUUAAACAAUUUUGAGGUUUUUGUGUCCAAGGAGAAGCUAUUAUAUUUUGUUAAAAAGUGGGGGGAAAACCAAGAGGCCACUGUGCCUUUGUAAAGAAACAAAUAAAGUUUGUACUUUGUUUUUUA